CCUCUUUCACUUUCUCUUUCCUUUACCUUUCCUUUUCCCUCACCUCUGCAAACCCUAAAACUUGAAGCUUAGCAACUCUAUCAACCUUUCUUCUUCCUUUCUCUGCUCAUCCUUCUUCUUUCUUCUUCUAUUCUUUCUCUCUCUCUCUUCUCCCUUUUUCUUCCUCUCAAAUUCUGCGUUUUUUUUCAUCAUCUGCAAUGGCUUUCGGCAGUAACAAGGAUGAUUCUUCCUACCUUUAUGCCAUGUUUCUUGACCUCAAAGAACGGAUAUUAGAGAUGGGACAAAAGAUUGAGAAAUUUGUGCAAGCACCAUUCAACAACAACAUCGGUGAAGUACAUCUGAACGUUGGAACUGUGUUGUAGAAUACGGAAUUUGAAGAUUUGAACACGAGGCUUCAAGAAUUUGCGAAGCAGUUCUGCCCAUCCGGCCUUCAGAAUCUUGGUCCUUUGGUGCUGGAAAUUGAGAUUAGAAGGUUGUUAAGCGAAUUGGGGAAAGAUAAUCAGGAAGCCUUUCUUCGAGGGAUUCAACAUUAUAAGAAGGAACUGAAAGAACUUGAUGUGAAGGCUUCUUCUGAUUUCAUGGAAUUAGAUGAUUUUCUCAAACCCAGAACUGGGUUUUUUUCUCAAACCCAGACCUGGCGAUGAAGAAGGAGACACGAGCUCCAGUACAAGAUUCAAAGUUUGCAGAGCAGAAUCUGAGCAGAGUAGAGAUCGAUUUUUUUUUUUUUUUCUACUUUGGAUGGAAAAAUCUUUAAUUAUGGAAUUGAUAAACAAGAAGUUACAAAAUCUAAGGAAGGAAAAUUGAAGUUUUCAAUAUAAAA